UUACACCCACAUGAAUUAUCGACAAAGUUGCACGGCGUUGUCUUCGAAGAGAACUUGACAGACAUUUUGGAACAGAGGGACGUUAUGGAAUCAAACCCAGCACUAUUAAUUCCUGAAAACUGGGAUAACGACUAUACAACAGAUACAGAUCACAUUGCCAACUCUACCGAAAGCGAGUGCAAUAGUUCAUCGCACUCCCUUUCGUUGCGGCGAUAUCCUUCGUUGGCGGAGCUUUCUUGUAUAGCUACAAACUGUGAAGGGACUAAUGUGGUCGCUGAUGGGUCACCAGUGCAGGAGAAACAACUAAUGGCAGCGCCCACUGCCGAGGAUUGCAAAAGUCAGCUGAAUAGUGUUUGGAAUCAAGGACCUCCUGCUACUCCACCAAAGGUCGUCGGUACAGCAAAGAGCUCGACAAAUCAAACCAGUGACGAUCCACUGACUCCUACAGCUAAUCUUAAAAUGCUUGUUAGUGCUGCUAGUCCGGCAAUUCGCGAUAGGGAAAUCAAGAAAAGAGAACUGUUUCCUGGUCAAAGUUUUAACACCUUCGAGACCCUUCAUACGGCAGCUAACGCGCUCAUUUCAAAUUCAAGACAAUCUGAAGCACUCGGGAGCGACAAAACCGUAAAUCAAGACUCUAGUCAAGUCGAUUAUGGAGGGAGCAAGAUCACUAUUAGCCGCAAAGACAAGUCGCUUGGCCUUCUGUGUCAGAAGUUUCUGUCAAAAUACCCAGAGUACCCAAAGGUGGAUCAGUUUAUUGAGAUUGGGCUAGAUGAUGUGGCAAAAGACCUAAGUGUGGAAAGAAGACGUAUAUAUGACAUUGUUAAUGUUUUAGAAAGUGUGGAAGUAAUCAGGAGAUAUGCAAAGAACAGAUACAUCUGGCAUGGCAAAUCAAGACUUCCCUCUACCCUCAUCAAACUAAAGAACUAUGCUGUUUCAAAAGGACUAAAAUUAAAGCCCUCACCUUCAGGAAAGGAAAAUCCCAAAACCAAAGAAAUGAAAAAGGAGAAGGCCAAGGCUCCAGUUAUGCCAACCCAGUUGCCGUUGAUACUCCCAAAGGAUUCUAAUAUCAUGUCCCUUGUCCAAGCAUUAACACCAACAAUGCCCAAAUUGGACAACAGCCCCAUGCCACCACCUUCAACCAUGCAAGACAAUUCAGCAGAGGAUAAUGCUAAUAAAAAGCUCAAAUUUAAAGCAGAUAGUGAAUACUGUAGAAAAGACAAGUCAUUAGGGGUCCUUAGUCAAAAAUUCUUGAUGAUGUUUCUAGUCUCUGAGACACGACAUGUUACAUUGGAGGAUGCAGCAAAUGUACUCAUAGGUGAAGAAGAAGAAGGCCAAACAAAAUACAAAACCAAAGUUCGACGACUCUACGACAUUGCCAACAUUCUGUCGAGCCUUCAAUUGAUAGAGAAAGUCCAUAUCCAUAGCAUUCAGACUGGCAGGAAACCCGGCUUUAGAUGGAUUGGAGUUGAUCCUGAUAAACUGGAAUUACUGGUAGCCAACACUCAAGAUGAUGCCCAAACUCCACCAGCUGUAAAGAGAGUUUGUGCAGCAAAAAACAAUACAGCCAUGCAGAUUGAUAAAGAAGAGGAAAGUGCUGUAGGACGCUUUAUCAGACGAAGACCGAGUCAACAGCAGCUCAGGGCAAGAUCGGAAGACACGGAAACGAGCAAAAGCAAGUUGCCGCGUUCACGUUCUGAGAGAGUUCUGAGUACGAAGAAGAGGGGUCAGCGUGAUUGUGAGGAAGACGGCUUUUCAGUUCAAGAGCUGGCAGCUUCAUUUAGUACUGACCCAUCAACAGCCAGUCCGACAGAAGCUAAAUUCCGAGCAGAGUUGAAGAAACUGCACCAACAAUACCCUGAUCGUAUGUCUCAGCUCCUUUCUGCCUGUAGACACUCAGACGAUUUUGAUGCGAGGAAGAGUCGACGUUCACUGUUCAUGUCAGGAAAAACACAACUCGAAGAUGCUCCGGAACCCAAACGACGACGAAGUGCCGACGACGUGUCAUCGAUCAAACAAGAAAGUGAUGGCGGAUUUUUCCACUCGUCGACCUCCCCGUUCAAGAGUAUUCAAGAAGAGAAAAAGGGCUCGUCACUUAACAGCCCAAAACAAGCAAGCCCCCGUAGAAAGUUUAAUCAACCAUCGCCUGAACAAAAGAUUCUUCUGGAGAGACAGAAACAACAGAAACUUUUAGAAGAGCAGCGAGGUUUUGAUUCACAGGACGAGCGAUGGAAGCGCAUUGAAUACGAGCUGGAGAAGGCGUUUCCCAAAGCAGGACCGAGUCGCCCUAUGAUGGUUCAUCAGUCUUCAUCGCCGUUGCCGUAUGACGCACUCGUAGAACAGUCCUCUGUUGCUAUUCAGGCUAGUCUCAUCGAUGACUUGAGCCCUCUCAAACCACUUAGCUACUACCGCAAAGUCAAGUCCCCUUGGAAGAACUCCGAAUCGUUACAGAGCUCCAGUCCGGCUUCUGCGACGCCCUCGCCCGUCCAGUUUCAGAAUGGGUCAGCGUUGAAUUCUUUCAACAACGUACACGCGAUGUCACCAGUGCCCAUUCUCCCCGCAACGGAACGUCCGUCCAAUGUUAGUAACGUGCGUCCGAGCAAUGCUUUCUUUUUCCAGAUCCCCGCAUCAGCGGGUAGCGGGGCAUCAGUUGUUUGGGCCACGCCCACCCCACCCUCUGGCAGCUCAACACCCUCACCCGACCAGCUUAUGAAGAUGGCGGUCGGACAACCUACCAACACUCCAAUGCUGUACAGUCCUAGGUCCCUCACGCCUACUCCAGAGCCUGCUCAUGUGGAUACAUCACUUCACCAAUCGAUUCUCGCGACGCCAUCUUUGGUGGCAAUGGGAGAAUCACAACAAGUUAGCCCCGUAUCUUAA